AUGACCGAUUCUUUUUCUAAUCCUUCUUUCUUUGCAUUGUGUAUCGUAUGUGAUCCAUUUGAGGUGUCUCUUUCUAUUAUUCUAUCUGCAGUACGUGCAAAGCUAGACACAGAUCUCAAGGAAACAUUUUAUUGUACCAAGAAAAGUUUGAAUGUUGAAAAGGCUCAACUUUUCAAGUUCAAUGUUUACCUGCCGCUUCGACCUUCAGUGCACUUGACACAUUUCCUUAUUAAUAAAUCGUAG